AUGCCGCUGCCGUUCGGCCUGAAACUCAAGCGGACUCGCAGAUAUACAGUGUCCAGCAAGAGCUGCCUGGUGACGCGCAUCCAGCUGCUGAGCGGAGACUUUGUGGAGUUCACCCUCUCUGUGGAGAGCACGGGGCAGGAGUGUCUGGAGGCUGUGGCACAGAGGCUGGAGCUCAGAGAGAUAACCUUCUUCAGCCUGUGGUACUACAACAAGCAGAACCAGCAGAGAUGGAUGGACCUGGAGAAGCCUCUGAAGAAGCAGCUGGACAAGUACGGCCUGGAGCCCACGGUCUACUUUGGAGUGCUCUUCUAUGUGCCCAGCGUGUCGCAGCUGCAGCAGGAGAUCACCAGGUAUCAGUAUUACCUGCAGCUGAAGAAGGAUGUUUUGGAUGGAAAGAUCUCAUGUUCCUUGGAGCAGGCCAUCCAGUUGGCAAGUUUAGCAGUGCAAGCUGCUCUGGGAGACUUCAAUCGAUACGAUUCACAGGAGUUCCUUCAGAAGUUUGACCUGUUCCCAGAAGACUGGAUUCAUGAUGAGCGUGUGCUGGAGGAGGCCACACAGAAAGUGGCACUUCUGUACCAGAGAUUACGGGGACUGUCCGCCCCUGAAGCAGAGAUGCUGUACAUGCAGGAAGUGGAGAAGACCGACGGCUACGGACAAGAGAGUUUUCAGGCUAAAGACAGCACUGGGGCAGACGUCUCCCUGGGAUCCUGUCUCGACGGCAUCUUUGUCAAGCACAAAAAUGGAAGGCCUCCACUUGUGUUCAGGUGGAGUGACAUUAACAACAUGACUCACAACAGGUCCUUCUUUGCUCUGGAGCUGUCCAGCAGAGAGGAGAGUGUUCAGUUCCAAACCGAAGACAUGGAGACGUCCAAGUACGUGUGCCGUAUGUGUCUGGCUCGCCUCAAGUUCUACAAAAUCAACAACAGCACGCACCAAACGCAGCCCACUGUCGUGAACCUGGUGAGAAGGAGAUCUUCCACCAGACUGUCUCUGCCAAAGCCCCAGGCCUACAUGCUGCCCCCCCAGAUGCACUACAACGGACACUUCACAGAGCCCUACACCUCCUCACAGGAUAACUUGUACCUGAACAGUCAGAACGGUUACUACUACCACUCUCAGACGAGUCUGGACUUUCCAGCUGUGGAGUACGGGGGUCGUCUGCGUAACGGCAGUGUGUACAGCGCCCACAGCACCAGCUCUCUGACCAACCCUCAGCACUACAUCCAGCCCUCCCCCAUGUCCUCCAACCCCUCCAUCACAGGAAGUGACAUCACACGGCCGGACUACCUGCCCACGCACCGCCACAGCGCGCUCAUCCCGCCGUCGUACCGUGCUACGCCCGAUUACGAGAGCGUCAUGCGGCAGAAGAGCCAGGCGCUGGGCGGCAUGAUGCUGUCCCAGCAGCAUCGCCAAAGCCACUCCAUGAGGAACCUCAACAUUGCCAACUCUUACGCCUACAGCCGACCGGACCCGCUGGUCUACAGCCAGCCUGAGAUCCACCACUACCCUUUGCCCACCCACUACCCCCACCCCACAGAGAGGCGCCCUGUGGUGGGGGCGGUCAGUGUGCCCGAGCUCACGAACGUGCAGUUUCAGCAAGUGCAGGAGUACCCUGCUCCUAACAUCAUGAGGACUCAGGUGUACAGACCUCCUCCUCCAUAUCCAUACAGUCACCCACGUCCCGCCAACAGCACCCCAGACCUGUCCCGACACCUCUACGUGAGCAGCAGUAACCCGGACCUGAUCACGCGCAGAGUGCACCACAGCGUGCAAACCUUCCAGGAGGACAGUUUGCCCGUGGCGCACUCCCUACAGGAGGUGUCUGAGCCGCUGUACAGUGGCCCCUUGCUCCGAGCGCCCUACCACAGCCACAAGAGGAACUCUAUCGAGAUCGCAGGCCUGGCCCAUGGCCUGGAGGCCAUGAAGCUUAAGGAGAGGACCAUGUCCAGCUCUGCUGUGGAGUCCCUCUCCCAGUCUGUGCACGAGGCGCGCUCUCACAGCUCCCAGCUCAACGUGCUGCUGGAACACUCUCACACUGAGCAGCUGAAGGAGCUGAAGGAGGAGGCACACUACAGCCACAAGAAGUCCCCCUCAGACGCCACUAUGCUGGUGCACAGCAGCGGAGAGGAGGAGGAGGAGGAGCGCAGCCCACACACCCCUCUGACCCAGGACACUGGCCCCGCCCAGCCUCCACACACACCCACAGAGCCCCCUCCAGCCUACCCCACAGGCUCUGUGCUGGGGGGAGCUCUGGCUUACAUCCCAGAGAGAGAGGCCUGGACCAUGCCCCCAGAGCCCACUGCUCCUCAGAACAAGCUGAAGAAGAGGCAGUCUGAAGGGCCCCAAGUGAAGAGGGCUGUGGAGGGACUGCCCCCCGCGGGCAUGAAGAGGGGAGUCAAGCUGGAGCAAAGGAGAGGCCCUUCACACAGAGUCCACAACGGGCUCCCCAAGACCCCCCUGCACCCGGAGGCCAAGGAUGAGCUGGAGCGCGCCUCUAACGACCAGAGGUCGCGAGAGCUGGAGCUGCACGUGGAGCAGGGCCAGGUUCAGGUCGAGUAUGAGGCCAUCCCCAAGCGCUGGCCCUCCGCUGAGUGCUGCAUCGCUCGGCAGCCCGAGAACGAGGAGAGGAACCGCUUCCAGGACGUGCUGCCGUACAACCACAACCGCGUGGAGCUGGUGCCCACCAAGGAGAACAACACGGGCUACAUCAACGCCUCGCACGUCCGGAUGGCUGUGAGUGGGCAGGAGUGGAGCUACAUAGCGUCCCAGGGCCCUCUGCAGCACACCUGUCCAGACUUCUGGCAGAUGGUGUGGGAGCAGGGCGUGUCCAUCAUCGCCAUGGUGACCGCAGAGGAGGAGAGCGGGCGAGAGAAGAGCUUCCGCUACUGGCCCAAACUGGGCACGCGGCACACCAACGUGACGUACGGCCGCUUCAAGAUCACCACUCGCUUCAGGACGGAGUCGGGCUGCUACGCCACCACUGGCCUCAAGAUCAAACACCUGCUGACGGGACAGGAGCGCACCGUGUGGCACCUGCAGUACACCGACUGGCCUGACCACGGCUGCCCAGAGGACUUCAAAGGCUUCCUCACGUACCUGGAGGAGAUCCAGUCGGUGAGGAGACACACCAACAGUAUCAGUGACCCUAAGAGCAGCAGCCCGGUGCUGGUGCACUGCAGCGCGGGGGUGGGCCGCACCGGGGUGGUCAUCCUGUCAGAGGUCAUGAUCGCAUGUUUGGAACACAACCAGGCUGUGCAGGUGCACGCUGUGCUGCAGGAGCUCCGGAAGCAGAGGAUGCUCAUGGUGCAGACUGUGUCUCAGUACAACUUUGUGUACAAGGUGCUCAUCCAGCACCUGAGGAACGCUCGCCUCAUCUGA